AUACUGUCAACGCGCGCGGUACAGAUUAUUUGGACAUAGUCGAGAUGUCGUUGUUCUCUUCUCCUGCUCUCAACAGCUAUGUAUCCAAUGCUGCAACAUUUAUCACAAAAUCAAUCGAAACCAAGGUUUUUGAUGAUGGGGGUUCAAAGGGCACAUUUAUUGGUAUGAAUGCUCCAUUAAUUGGACGUUAUGGUGUAACAAUCAGUUCUGGUGGAAAAAUUAAUCUUGGUCGUUUCAAGGAUCCUAGAGUGAAUCUACGUGAUUCACGUGAUAAUAAAGUGAUUGUACCACCAGAUUUUGGAAUUACACCAACUAAACCAAUUCCAUCCACAAGAGGUGGUGGACUAGCGUCUGUAGCAUUAUCCUAUGCUGAAUUAAAAAGUCAACUACUUCAAAGUCGUACACUAUUUGAAGAUCCAGAAUUUCCAGCUAAUGAUAGAAGUUUAUACUAUAGUCAAAAACCACCAAGACAAAUAAAAUGGUUACGUCCACAUGAAAUCUGUUCAAAUCCCGAAUUCAUCAGCGAUGGUGCAUCACGAUUCGAUGUACGCCAAGGGGAACUUGGUGAUUGUUGGUUACUGGCUGCAAUCGCUUGUUUAUCAAUGCAUAAAAAAUUAUUUGAACAAGUGGUUGCAAUCGAUCAAAGUUUUGAUAAAGAAUACUGUGGUUUAUUUCGUUUUCAUUUUUGGCAUUAUGGUGAAUGGAAAGAGGUUGUUGUUGAUGAUCGACUGCCAACAUAUCAAGGUUCAUUAGUGUAUAUACACUCAACUGAGAAAAAUGAAUUCUGGUCUGCUUUAUUAGAAAAAGCUUAUGCAAAACUUUCAGGUUCAUAUGAAGCAUUGAAAGGUGGUACAACAAGUGAAGCAUUGGAAGAUUUCACUGGUGGUAUAUCUGAAAUGUUUGAAUUGAAAAAAGAUACACCAGCAAAUUUAUUAUCAGUUAUGUUGAAAAGUCAAGAGUUGUGCUCAUUGAUGGCAUGUUCAAUUCAAGCUGAUCCUAAGCAAUUUGAAGCGAAACUACCGAAUGGUUUAAUUAUGGGACAUGCUUAUUCUGUGACUGCUGUUAAAAUGUUGGAUAUUUCACUACCGGAUAAAAGUGGAAAAAUCCCCUUAGUUCGUGUACGCAAUCCUUGGGGUGAUGAGUCAGAAUGGAAAGGAGCUUGGAGUGAUAAAUCCAGGGAAUGGUCGCUUAUAUCACCGGAACAAAGAAAACUAGUUGGUUUAACAUUCGAAGAUGAUGGAGAAUUUUGGAUGUCUUAUCAAGAUUUCACAUCGAAUUUUGAAAAGCUUGAAAUCUGUCAUCUUGGACCACAAUCUAUGGGAGAUAUUGAUAAAAAGGUGAAUCGUGUUUGGGAAAUGUGUAUUGAAGAGGGAUGUUGGCAGCGUCGUGUCUCAGCUGGUGGAUGUCGUAAUUUUCUUGAUACAUUUUGGAUCAAUCCACAGUAUGUUGUAUCAGUUGAAGAUGCAGAUGAAAAUGAUAAUGAAAACAAAGGUACAUUGAUUGUUGGUCUAAUGCAGAAGAAUAGAAGAAAGAUGAGAAAUGAAGGUGCUGAUCUGUUGACAAUUGGUUACGCUGUUUAUAAGGUGCCUGAGAAACACCAGGGUACAUUGGAUAUGAAAUUUUUCAAGUACAAUGCAUCAAUCGCACGUUCACCGGCAUUCAUUAAUCUACGUGAAGUUUGUGGUCGACAUCGAUUAGAUCCUGGUCGGUAUGCAAUUGUUCCGUCAACUUUUCAACCAAAUGAAGAGGCCGAAUUUCUACUGCGUAUAUUCUCAGAGAAGCCACAAACAACUCAAGAAUUGGAUGAAGAGAUUGGAGAAACUGAACCAACUGAUGUAUUGGCUACUGAUAAUCUAGGAAUUAGCACGCUUCGAUUGGAUGAUAAUGCAAUUGUUAAACCAUUGACAGAUGUACAAGUUGAAGCUUUAAAAAAAGCCUUUAAUAAAGUUGCUGGAGAUGAUGGUGAAAUUGAUGCUGAAGAAUUACGUGAUAUAUUGAAUUGUGCAUUUACUCGAGCAGAUACAUUUGAAUAUUUCACAUUUGAUGGAUUCAGUCUGGAGUCGUGCCGAAGUAUGAUUGCUAUGAUGGACUUUGAUCGAUCUGGUAUGUUAAGUUUCUCUGAAUUCCGAAAAUUAUGGGAUCUCUUACGUGUUUGGAAGUCAGCAUUCAGACAAUUCGAUACGGAUAAAAGUGGUUCAAUGAAUUCGAUUGAAUUGAGAAAUGCAUUAAAACAUGUUGGUUUCUCUAUUACUAAUGCAAUAUUUUCUACAUUGGUAAUGCGUUUUGCACGUCGAGACGGUAGUGUACCAUUCGAUAAUUAUGUGAUAUGCUGUGCACGUCUUCAAACAUUAUUUGAAGUUUUCAAAGCAACACCGAAAAAUCAAAAUGCUCAAGCAUUGUUCACUGAAAGUGAGUUUGUCAACACUGUACUCUACAUGUGAGCGAUGUAUCUGAAGUCAAUAAUUCGGAGAACAGGCGAAGGGGACUGAAUACAUUAUCCUUAUUACAUUAAUCAAUGUGCUGUUUACUAGUGAUAUGGUUUUGUUUUAGUAGCGCUAGAAAUGGCUUUAAAAUGAAUAUUUAUAACCUAUAUUUAUCUACAUAUAUAUGUGCUUGUAUUGAAUAUAUAUUCUGAAAUUUUUGCUCUCCUUCUUAUUCAUUUUUAUCUGUAUACUCUUUCUUUACAUUUAUCUAUUCAUGCUUGUUUAAAACAGAUUUAAUAUUGUUAUCGAAAAUAUUCAAAAGUUGCGCCAUUCUACUUUUCGUGUUCAAUGUUUCAAUAUCCAUUUUAUACAUGUUGUUGAACAAGUCCAAUGCAUUCAUACUUUUCCCUCUAUAUGAAUUAAUGAAUUACUGAAGAAUGCAGACAUUUUUUUUCGUUUUCAGUUUCUAUUGUCUCUUUUGGUGUUAACACAAAGGAGGCUAAAUGUUUGUUUUUUGCUUCUCAAAAAACAUCAUAAAUAACUUUUGUUUUCUGUUCUGCUUUAUGUUAAAGUGACUUAACUAUACUUUUGACUGUUAGACUACUGAUAUACGAUAAAAUUGGUAGCAUCUGGUGAAAACUUCAGAAAUUGUAAAUACUAAGGAGUUUAAUUACAGUGCAGUCAUAAAAAAGUAUGUGAUGCACAAUUUUUUCCAAUAUCAUAGCUUGUAAUUUCACCUUCGAUGAUUGGAUCAAUGUUCACUAGCCUCUGGUAGUAUAUAGGCUGCAACGUGGAUGCCUUGAUAUUGCCAACAAUUUCAGUUCAACAGUAAGUGAUCGAUUCUUGGUGGAAAAAACACCAUCCACUGGAAGGUAGUAGAUAUAUCCAGUUGAUGAAUGAGUACCAGAUAGGAAAAAAACAUUUUUUAG